AUGACAAAGGAGAGGAAGGUGUCGUGGAACUGCGCCGACGUCACCCCGGCGCCAUGCGCGCCGCUGCAGGGCACCCACAGCGGAGCAUGCCCAUUCCCCACCGACACGCUCGUCGUCGACCAAAUUGUCGUGCAUCAGUGCUCCUACAGUCCUACUCCCUCGCACCUGCUACUUCUGUGGCUGGGAGCUUGGAACAGAGUUCAGGAUAGAAUAACAGUCUUCAUUUGUACUUUGGAGCCAUGCAAAAAGACAGGUGCAGGCCAAACUAUACAACGACAGAGUAGACAACUAUACAAGGACGUGCGCGCCGAGAACAAGACAGCGGUGGGCACCAAGUCGGCGGUGCGGAUCAAGAUAGCGGUGCCGUGCAGUGCGUACGUGCACGAUGUGUAUGCGCGCCGUAUGAGGCUCGACGGCAUGAAGCGCGUCUUCUGGACCGGUGACUACAAGUCCCGCCCCGACGACGGCUACAACAAGACCGCCGUGCCCGUCGUGGAGAACAUCAACUACCAGGACGUGGUGACCAUCGACGUCUGGAAGGAGGCCACAAGAAUGCAGGGCAUCCAGGGCACGCCCUUCAAGGGCAUCUGCAUGGCCAACGUCACCGCCGAGAUGACCAAGAAGUGGAAGGUAUCAUGGAACUGCGCUGACGUCAAGGGCGUCUCGACCGGCGUCACCCAGGAGCCUUGCGCACCGCUGCAGGGCACCCACACCGGCUCCUGCCCGUUCCCCACUGACACGCUCUCCGUCGAUCAGAUCACCGUGCAGCAGUGCUCAUACUCCAUCGCGCCUGCUACUACUUCAGUGGCUGGGACACAGUAG